AUGAAACCUCCUGAUGUUCAAGAGGAUCACAUUUACCUGAAGGCAUUUCCACAUUCAUUGGAGGGAGUUGCUAAAGAUUGGCUGUAUUAUUUAGCUCCCAGGUCCAUCACUAGCUGGGAUGAUCUAAAAAGAAUGUUUCUGGAGAAAUUCUUCCCUGCCUCGAGGACCACUGCAAUCAGAAAAUAUAUAUCUGGUAUCAGGCAACUUGGUGGAGAGACUUUGUAUGAGUACUGGGAGAGAUUCAAGAAGUUGUGUGCAAGUUGUCCUCACCACCAGAUUUCUGAGCAGUUGUUGCUGCAAUAUUUCUAUGAAGGCCUGAACAACAUGGAGAGGAGUAUGAUAGAUGUUGCAAGUGGUGGAGCACUUGGUGACAUGACCCCAGCUGAGGCCAGGCACUUGAUAGAAAAAAUGGCCUCCAACUCUCAACAAUUUAAUACCAGAAACGACAAUGCAAUUGUCAUCAGAGGAGUUCAUGAUGUGGCCACUGAUGCAGAUAAAAAGCUAGAGAGUAAACUUGAUGUAUUGGUCAACCUGGUGACUCAACUUGCUGCAAAUCAAAAAUCUACAUCUGUAGCAAGGGUCUGUGGCCUUUGUUCUUCAAUUGAUCAUCACACAAAUAUAUGCCCUUCUCUACAACAGUCAGGAGUAAAUGAGCAUCCAGAGACAUAUGCUACAAAUAUUUACAACAGACCUCCUGUCCAACAACAACAACAGCAGAGUUAUGACCUCUCCAGCAAUAGGUACAAUCCAGGUUGGAGAAAUCAUCCCAAUCUCAGAUGGUCUAACCAACAGCAAUAA